CGUCUUCUCGAGGCAUGUACCGCCUUUGAAUUCUUUUUUCAUUUCAAACUGAAGAGAGGAAGAGAGGAAGAGGAAGAGGAAGAGGAAGAAACGGAGUUUGGGAAGUGGAUCCAUUAAUGGGGUUCAUCUUAUUCUUCGGCAGCAGUGCUUUUCUUCUUCCUGUACUCUUUUGCAUCUCUCUGUUUCUUUCAACUACUCCCGUUGCUGCUCUCCAAGGUGUCAAAUUGAAAAAUCAGAUACUGGAUGUGACUCCAAUUAAACUUGUGACAGACCCUUUGUCUAAAGAAGAUGUAUUAUGUGAACGCAUACUAAUCACCGGUCUAUCACGAUGGAGACUUAGCAGUUAUUCUAGUGCAUAUCGAGUUAGUUGGGCCCCAUCAGCAGUAAUUCCAGAUAGAUUGCUGGGAAAAUUACAGAUAUGCUUUCACAAGAAUUCUUCUCUUGGCUUGUGCCAGUGUGAACAUGAUGCGUGGAAGAAUUUACAGAAAGGGCCAUGGAACUCUGUCAUGUCCCCUUACGAGGAUAGAAUUCUUGAUGUGAAGCUUGUUGAUGGUCUUUCUGGUUCUGUUACUGUAACUAUCGAAGAAGAUUUACAAAGAUGGCGUCUGCUGUUUCUUGCAUUUGGUAUAAUGCUGCUGCUUGUGGCACCUAUUGUAAGUAGUUGGGUUCCAUUUUACUACAGCAGUUCAAUGGCUAUUGGAGUUUGUCUUGUCAUCAUUGUCCUUCUAUUCCAGGGGAUGAAAUUGCUGCCAACUGGAAGGAAAAAUAUAUUCUACCUGACCAUCUAUGGAUCAGUGCUUGGAGCAGGAUCAGUUUUGGUGCAUCAAUUCUCUAUGCUGAUAAAUUCCAUCGUCUCAAACUUUGGGCUAAGUGAAGAGUUCCACAAUCCUGUUGCUGUAUUUAUUCUUGUCGGAAUCAUCCUUUCUGGAGCUGGUCUAGGAUAUUGGUUGGUGCGGAAAUUUGUUAUAUCAGAUGAUGGUAAUGUGGACGUUGGUGUCGCACAAUUUGUUAAAUGGGCCAUACGCAUCAUUGGCAUUACCUUCAUCUUCCAGAGCACACUUGAUUCUCCCUUAGUGUUCUUGGUGCUUAGUUCUUGGUGGCUUAUUUGCUUUGCUGUUACUUCUAUGCAGCGGCAUGCAUCAAGGGAUUUGUCAUAUUCUGGAAUCGGAGAUGUUUGGGCAAAGAGUAGUAAGCAGAUAAACAUGAAUAAAAAACGUGCUGAGUUCCUUAGCAAAUCCAGAAAGUUUGGUUCGGUUGGAGUUCCAUACAGUAGCCCGAGCUCAUCUGCAUGGUCUGAUUCUCCUGUCAAAGGAUUUUCAGAUGGCAAAGGUAAAAAAGUGGGCGAAUACUAUUCAACUUUUCACAAGACACCUUACCGAAAGAGAUUCUCGCCAAAGGAGUGGGAAGAUUUCACACAAGAGUCUACCAAGGAAGCUGUUGCUGAAUUAGCUUCGUCUCCUGAAUUCACUAAUUGGAUCAUUAAACAUGCUGAUAGAAUACAGCUUCUACAAGAGGAUAGUUCGGAUGAAUCUGUUGGAAGCGGGUCAGACUCAACAGAUGAUAAUGAUGCAGAGAGUUGUAGUGGGCUUGACUUGUUUAAAUGGCGGUAUUGCUAGUAGCAACUUCCCCUUAAACUGUUCAUGCAAGGCUUCAUUUGAACCUGGAUGGGAGUUAGCUCCAAGCUUUUACCAUUCAAUUUUCACCUAAGCUAAGUUAACAGGAUUAACAAUAGGUAUCAGUAGCUGGUAACAGUUGUUGGAGCUGCAUGCCAGAUAUAGGAACUAGCAUUGAGAACACUGGUAGUUCAAUGUGUGUCUAUAAGAACUGUACAUAUUUAUUAUUCAAGUCCAUUAAUGUUCUUUUGUAUUUUAGUGUUUCAUCUUCA